CAGUGAUCCAAAAAUUACUCCUAUUGUGCCUGAUUAAUUAAACCUUGGUUUUUAUAUAAAAAUGUGUCCCCUAUAAUCUUCUAUCGAUUGCUGAAAACCGCAGGUCUCUAACUUGUUCCUAUCGAAAGUUAUUCAAAAACAUCCGACUGCCCUGACUUCUGGCGCCGAUAUUAGUAAUAGUGGCAGUCAUUCGAUAAAAAUAUCAUUGAUGACUAUAUAACUCUAUUGAGGGAACAAUAUUGUGCAUUUUCAAGGGCUCCACGAAAUAUUGAUUUCAUUUUUUUUCUAAUUCAUACUAGUUCAUAAGAAAAAGAGAGAACGCUAAGAAGAAAUGAUCUUUUUCUGACCUCGAUAGACGGGGAUGGAUUUUCUUUUGUCAGGCACAUUGGCUAUCUCCGUCUCUGUUGUUCCUCAUUGAUCAUUUCUCUUCGUUCAGCAAAGAAUUUGAGUGGGGAUAAGCUUAUAGUAAAAAAUUCAUAACCUUGUUGGAUGGAUAGCCGUCAAGGACAAAGAACAGAAACAUGUGCCGACAAUUAGACUAAUGCAGAAAUGGACGAAGAAGUCGGUGACAGACUAUUACGAUGAAGCAAAAGAAAAAAUAAAAUAAAACAAUAUUUCGAAAUUCUGAUAGUCAUCAUCGUCCAUCCUCAAAUUUCAGGGAUUCUUCGGUUAGUCCAUGUAUUCUGAUCCUGUAGAAUCCAGCCACAUCGUGUCUCACUCGUAUUUAGUUAUUCACCCUUCCGGACAAAAUCACCUUUUUUUAAAUCUCUGUUCUCUCUCUUUCCUAUGUCUUUUUCUGUCUCUUAUUGUGACCGUUUUUUUUCUAUUUUAAGUACCAUUACGAGCACCUGGCAUUAACAUUCAUCCAAAUGCUCGAUGGCAACAGAAUGGUCUCACUGUGGCUGGAGGAUUUGGAGGACGGAAUGGAAACAAUCAACUCUCAUAUCCAUACGGUUUAUAUAUUGAUGAUGAUCAAACAAUUUAUGUCGCUGAUACGUAUCAUCACCGUAUUAUGGAAUGGAAAUAUGGUGCAACGAGUGGUCAAGUCGUUGCGGGUGGAAAUGGAGCAGGAAAUGGGACUCAUCACGAUUGGGUGAAUCAAAGAGUAGUUCGAUGGCCUCGUCGAAAUGGCGCUCGUGGAGAAACGAUAAUCUCGAACAUCGAUUGUCGAGUGAGACGAUAUCGAAUUGAUGAUACUGAAGGAAUAGUAGUUGCAGGUGGAAAUGGAUGUGGAAAGCAUCUCGAUCAACUCUGUAACCCAGAAUGCGUAUGUGUUGAUCGAGAUCAUUCAGUGUAUGUGUCUGAAUGGGGAAAUCGGCGUGUGAUGAAAUGGAAAGAAGGUGCAAAAGAAGGCAUUGUUGUUGCCGGUGGACAAGGUUCAGAAAAUAGUCUUAAACAAUUGAAUGGUCCUAAUGGAGUUGUUGUCGAUCAAUCAGGCACUGUCUAUGUGGCUGAUGAAGGGAAUCAUCGAAUUAUGCGUUGGCCAAAAGGAGCCACACAGGGAAGUGUAAUUGCUGGUGACAACGGUCCAGGAACAGAGCCGAAUCAAUAUAAUUUUCCCUAUGGUUUAUUAUUCGAUCGGCAUGGCAAUCUCUAUGUCUCUGAUAACGAAAAUCAUCGGAUACAAAAAUUUAAUAUUGAACAGACAACAACAAAUUAA